UUGAGGUUCUAUCUUCCAAAGCAUCGGGUACGCGGUGCUGUUUGUCAGCGGCCAUCAGCCAUUUCCUCACAACAGCCGCGAUCUUGGUCAACCUAGUGCUCUAUUCUAUCCCAACAAGCUACCUACAGAACAAAGGUUGUGAGGUAGCGACAGGCAAAGGCUCUGUAUCGCGCUUGACGGACGCUUUGCGCCACGGUGCAACAUCGCAACUGGGCGAAACCCUUGCAAGGCUCCUGUCGUUACAUCACCAGCGAUAACUGCAACGCUCUGACCCCCCAACCUUGGGAAUCUCCUGUCAUUCAUUGUGUUUCUGCACAAUAAGUAGUGUUCCUGCUGCGCGUCUCGUUCUGCCAUCUCCGGCUACCGGGCUCUAGGCUCGCUCUACAAAAUCCACCGUUACGCGGCUCCCUAUCGCACUCUUAGGCAAUCAUGGUUGGGUUUACUGCGCAGCCCGACGAAGGUUAUUCCGAAGAUCCGCUGACCGCCCCCUCCGCCGCGGCACAUUUUUCACCCAAGACACGUGAGGACGGUGGCAGCGCCGUGGGAUCAGCGCGAGCGGGCGACGAGUUUCCGUCAUGGUUGAUACAGCACAUAUCGAGUCUUUCGGUAUCACGCAAGACUGAACUUACCAUGGCCCUUCUGAACGACCUCCCCACAAGCGUGAUAUCGCAGAUCGUCGAGAAUCUCCAUCCCCGCCUUUACAUCGACUUUGUCUGCUACCUGCCUCCUGAAGUAUGUCUGAAGAUCUUGGGCUAUCUCGAUCCCGUCUCGCUUAUCAAUGUCGCUCGAUGCUGCCGAGCCUGGUACAAUCUCGCCCUGGAUCGGAAACUGUGGGAACAGCUGUAUUACUUGGAGGGAUGGAAAGCUCUGCCGGACCAGAUUGCGGCGGCAGAACGUGAGCUGAACCGGCCUUCCUCGCAUAGCCAGGGUCCAUCGCGACGGAUGCCAUCUCACGACGAUGGUCAUGCGCAUAAGAAGCGCGCUAUCUCACUAUCACCUUCGAUUGACACCGAUACGGAUACGGUCAUGACCGACGCGGGAACCAGCUUCAAGCAGGAACCGACUGAAAUGGAAUCGUCGGGGAACACUAGCAUUUUCGGGGGCCGGCCGAGACCUUCUUUGAAACGAGCGACUAAUUCGGAGGUACAAGUACCGAGCUAUCGAGCCAGUCUGAAGGGUAAAGAAGUAGGCAAAGGCAAGGGAAGAGCAGCCUCCCCCGGGUUCGCGGGGCCUUCGCAGAGCGCAGACGGUACUCCCUGGCAGACAUUCACAGGCCCGCCACGCGUGACCAAGUCGACCUUAUGGGCUUGGGACGCGCCAUCCGCGCAAUUCAGGAUCAACUGGAAGUACCUCUACAGCAUGAGGCGGCGACUAGAAUCAAAUUGGGAGCGGGGUCGGUACAUCAACUUCCAGUUUCCGCAUCCGAAUCACCCGGAGGAAGGUCAUGGAGAAUGCGUCUACAGCCUCCAGUUCAACUCGCAGUAUCUCGUGAGCGGCAGCCGAGAUCGGACACUGAAGGUCUGGGACAUGAAUACGCGCCGCUGCCUACGGACGCUGGCCAAGCACCGAGGCUCCGUUCUAUGCCUGCAGUUCGACUCAGAUCCAGACGAGGAUCUGAUCGUCUCGGGAAGUUCAGACUCAGACGUUAUCAUAUGGAGAUUCUCCACCGGAAAGCCGAUCCAGACACUCAAGCAGGCGCACCGGGAAUCGGUGCUCAACGUCAGGUUCGACAAGCGCAUUUUAGUGACGUGCUCGAAGGACAGGACCAUCAAGGUCUUCAACCGCAAGCCUCUCCGUUACGGGGAUCUCGGGUAUCAGGAGGUGGACCCGGUACCGAGGAAGGUGGACUACGGCUAUGGCAUUCCCUUGACGCCGGAUGACUAUCCGGUGAUUCCGGAAUGGACCAUGAUCGGGUCUCUGGAAGGCCACAGCGCUGCGGUUAACGCGGUACAGAUUCACGACCGCGAGGUGGUCUCCGCGAGCGGAGACCGACACAUCAAAUGUUGGGAUUGGCCAACGCAGGUGUGCACCCGUACCAUCGUCGGCCAUAACAAGGGUAUCGCGUGCGUACAGUACGACGGCCGCCGAAUUGUCAGCGGGAGCAGCGAUAACGAAGUCAAAGUGUUUGACCGCGAAACUGGACUGGAAGUUGCAAACCUCCGUUCGCAUUCCAGCUUAGUACGCACAGUGCAGGCCGGUUUUGGAGAUCUACCCUACAGCGUCGAGGACGAUCUUGAGGAGGCGAAGAAGGUUGAUCAAGAAUACUUCAAGGCGUUGGAAUCGGGCUUAUUAGAAGAGCCAGGCCGCUCCAGGCCGGGGCGCCGGCUCGGUAACGCCGGGUCUAGGCGACCAGAGGACAUCUGCGCUUACGGAGCCAAGUUGCCGCCUGGUGGUGGAGGCGGAAAGUAUGGACGCAUUGUCAGUGGCAGCUACGAUGCUAGCAUCAUCAUCUGGCGAAGAGACAAGGAAGGCGUCUGGAAGGAUCAACAUCAUUUCAAGCAGGAGACAGCUGCAGUCAAUGCUCUGCAGCACGAACGAGCGCAGUUGCAGGCCCUCGUCGACCAGGAAGCAGCAUCAGUCCUCAGGUCAAGAGGCGCAGCCGGGGCGGCCAACCAGUUAGGAACAACAUCAGAGGUGACGGCGAGCACAGCUGCUUAUUCGCAACCGAGCAACACUGCGGCCGGUCCUGCAGCCGGGGUUGGCUUGCCGUCGUUCAGCACGCUUGCGAUGAACCUCGAAGUCGCCCAAGCAGACUCUUGGGCUGAUACGAUUCUUGGGGUCCCCGGGAUCAUCGACAGCGCGGUCCAGGGCGGUCCCCAGGCUCUGGAGCAAGCCAUUGCGGCACAUCCUAGGAUUCUUUCGCUCCGCGGGUACGUGGAGAUGUGCAUCGACCGCCACCCCAACCCAGUAGUCAGGAGCCAACUUCGGCAAACCUUUUCUACCGCGCUGAUCAGAGCCCAAUUUGAGCUAGGGCGUCAUAGACGGGAGGCAGUGCGGAACCUGGAGGCUAGAAGAGCAGCGGGUCUGGAUGGGGCCGCCGUUGUUCAACCGGCCGCCGGGCUCACGGCAGCUCAGUUGGCGUCUGCGACAGCGCACCAGGCACAUGCAGCCGUCCCUCACGGGGCGCCCAUGCAUCAGGUACUCGCCCCCGUUCCCGCUGUUGCACCCGCUAUUUCUGCUGCGUCUGCUUCUGGUACUGGUUCCGUCACCGGGUCCGGUAUUGGGUCUACCGUUUCCGGGCCUGGUGGUGCCCACGCUGCUCCUGCUGUCCCCUCCCAGACACAAACACAAGGACAAGCGCAACCACAGCAUCACCACCCCCACAUCGCUCAUGCACCUGCUGUUUUUGAGGCUCAUGACCCAGCUAACCCGGCCCGGGUAUUCAAGCUGCAAUACGACGCGCGACGCAUCAUCUGCUGUAGUCAGCGGAGUGUGAUUGUCGGUUGGGACUUUUGCAACGGCGAUCCGGAGCUGGAGGAGGCAAGUCGCUUCUUUGCGCACGUGGAUUGAGGUUCUGAAGGAAGCUUCUAUAUUGGGACGUCGGUUAUAGGGAGUAUGCACUUCAGCGCAUGUGCUCCAGCGGCAGCGUUGCUCUUAGAGAUGGUUGGUUGAGACACGGCUUGUUUUCGGGGUUCGUCUCCAAUCAGCAGCGCAUGAGUUAUGAUGGAAAAAGGCGUCUAUACAGAACGUCAGGGAACAGCGACCUGUAUAUGUAAUAGUACUAAACACGAGAAGCAGCGCAAUGCCUGAAUGACUG